AUGAUAUUGUCUAUUGAAUUCAUUAUACUAUUUCUGUUAUCUAUUCCGUUCGUCUUUGGAAAAUAUCCAUUACCACCCGAUCCGCCGCUGCUACCCAUACCACCUACAGCGCAUCUUCAUGGGUCUACUAUAAUAUUUACUCAGCGUGCAUUACAAUUAGCUCCGUCAAUUUUUCAUAAGUUUAUUGACGUUGGAGUGCAAUAUAUUCGAGAUCAAUUAAAUCAAAUACAUGAUAAGAGCGAGCGAUCUGAUUGCUGUGACUCUUGGCCUCUCUCAAGGGAUUGGUAUGCAGGUUUAUCAAGUGCAAAAAAAACUUUAGAACUUGUAAAUGAUCCAAUAUUAACAAUAGCUGAUGACAAUUAUAUUCAAAUUGAUGCAAUAGCUCAUAUGACUGUUGUUAGCGAAGUUUAUUUUCGUCUAUACAUUUGUUUGGUUCCUAUACCACCUCUAUGUGUAACUAAUACACUUUGCUCACGUGGUAGCAAGUUAUGGGUAGAUGCUAAUUUACAUAUACAAAUACGAAUCGCAGUGGAAAAUACAGAUCUUGGGGUAGUAUUCAAGCCAGUCGUUCAAAUUAAAUUUUUAAACAAACCCAACAAAGGUGGUUGUGAUUGUGAUUUCUUCUGUGAUGUUAUCGCCGAAAUAACCGACCUUGAUAGCAAAAUUUACAAAAAAGCAGAAGAGUUUAUGACACAAGAAAUCAAUGAUCAUAUGCAAUCCAUAUCAGCUGGUGGUAUCUAUCCCCCAUAUUAUGGUAUUGCUAUUCGCUAUACACUAGCUUCAGCAGUAUUACGUACCAACCAAGAUAUGCGAGCCUAUAUUUCAAUUGUUGUUUAUGUACUGAAUCCUGUUACCCAAAAAUGGCUCAUUUAUCAAGAUUAUGAUCAAGAACGAAGUGUAUUAUAUCCACCAUUUGAGUGGCCAAGUCCUGGAUUACCGCUACCGUUAGCAAGUCUAAGAGUAGGUUCGAAUGUAAUGAAUGCAAUAUCAUCGGCGUUCGAAUCACUUGGUACAUUUGAAAGUAAUGUAAAUGAUAUAAUUGAAGAUGUAUUUUUUGAUGAACAAAUAUAUUGGUACAUAUUUAAAAUAUCAAUAUUCAGACAAGAUGAGGCUCUUUUACAUGUUGAUUAUGUUUCAACUAAUGUUACCUGUCAAUUCAAUCGAUUUAAUUGUAGUAACUCAGCAUUUGAUAAUAAUAGUACCAUGUGUAAUGUAUCAGAAGAUGAUAUUCAAAAAUAUGCAGUGCCAUUUUUAAGUGGAACAAUUACUAAUAUUGAUAUGAAUAUUGUGAUGUUAAUGACAUUAGUUAAUAAUCGCCCUGGUGUUUAUUUAAAUGGUACAUACAUCAACAGCGAAAAGCUAAACAUUACAAUAAAAGCAGCACCAUUACCAAUACCGCCUUCAGCUGAAGGAGCGUUAUUAAAACAUAUGAUUUUGCGGUCACUACCGAUAAUAAAUUCAAUGUUUAUUAAAAAUCCAUUAUUGUUACCUAAUGAUACCAUACCAUAUUUUCCUAAUCCAACUUCUCAUCUAUAUCCACAAGUCAAUAAACAAGGAAAAAAUAUAGGGUAUGGAUAUAUUGACAUUGCAAGUUAUGAAAUGAACUCAACUAUACAUGAACAUAAACUCGUUUCUCAUAUUAGCAAUACUCGUACAACAACAACGUGUACUACUAACGUCGAAUCAAUUAGGCCACACCCAUCUGAUAUAGCAUCAUUAGGGGGUAUCUAUCUAUCAAUUUUUGAAUCAGAAUAUGAUGAUACAAUUCAAAAUACUAAUUGUAGCAUUGCACAGGAAGGAUUUGAAAUGUCAUCAUACGCAUUGCCUACAACAACAUAUAUAAAUUCUACAACAUGGAAUGAUACAUGUACAGUUAUUGCUCAAUGUAUAAAUACAUCGGAAUUUUUCGAUUCAAAUUUACAGUAUUAUAGUUUAUUACAAGAUUCCACAACAGGUUCUAUAUUAGCAUUAAGUUUUAUGUGUUCGGAUCCACAAUGUCAACGAUGUCAAUACCAACAAAGUUUUUGCAAAGAAAAUAAUCCAACAGAAAAAUGUUUAUUAGGAAAAUAUUUUUAUCGCUUUAAUCAAACAUUAUUCUCAUUCAAAAUAGCUCUUUGGGAGGAAACAACAAUAAAAACAUGUACAAUUAAGACAAAACCCACUACGACAAUUAUUCCUCAAUUAGAUUUUCAGUUAGUUAAGGCUAAAACAACUUUUUUAUUAACAUAUACAAAUGCUGAACAGUGUCAAUGGAAUACAACAAAUAAUGCACCAAAUUAUCUUUCUAAAAUAAUAAAUUUAGGAUCCAAUUUGAUAACAGAAGAAAAUAUACAUUGUUCUACAUGCAAUUCCAAUUUAUCAUCCUCAAUAACAUGCUCAGUAUCUACAAUAGAAACGACAUUAUAUAAAAACUGUUACAAAGUUAGCGCAUUCUGUGUGGAUAACUGUACCAGAUGUAAUUAUGAUAUAGAUUUAGUUUGUUUAAACUUUUGUUUAUUUAAUAAUUUAACAAUACCAAUGACAAGUAGCUCAUUAUUAUCAAUUGAAGAUAUUUGGGAUUCGAAAUGCUGUUUAAAUGCAAGCUGUGAGCGAAACAAUUCUAGUAAUCAUACUGUUACGAUAGGAAUAGUUGUAACAGCAAUAACUUGUUUUUGUAUUAUGAUAAUAUCAAUAAUUGUUUUCGUAUAUAAGAAAAAAGCAAAGACACAACCACUAGUAAUAAAUAGCGAAUGUAUACCUUUACUACCAAAGAAUCAAGAUGAAAUUCUGCCUUUACUACCGAGAAUAAACUGUUGUUUUAUGAUUGAUUUUAUUAAAAACACACCACAAUGGUUUAUUCGAAUAUUUCAAACAGUUAAAUUAUGGUUUAUUGAAACAUUUCGAAAACCAACAAAACAGGAUAUUUCAAUUUACAAUUUUAUCUUUUUUCUGUUGUACCAUAGUAAAUAUUUGUUUGGUAUGUUAUUUGGCUAG